AAAUGAGCUCCAUAAUCGGCUUUCGGCAAAGUUGGUCGGUCUGUUUUCCUCCUCCGAUUCGGAAAUCACGGUUUGCCUGAGAAUCGCCAUUGCUUUCUUUAAAGCUUCUUGACUUGCACAAGUUCUUGCAAAACUAUGAUAAUGGUGGUUCAUUGUUCAGCUGUUGUAUUAUUCAACUGUUCAAUUAAUUCGGUGGAAAGAGGACUUUAGUGAAACACAUUGCCAGAAGUUUGAGAAUCGUAUAUGUUGCCCUAUUUGAGUAGUUUUCUUCUUUUAAUUGAAGAUGACAUUUCGUCCUUUGUCCUGCCCUUUUGCAGACUAUCUUCCGUUCAUAUAGAAGUUUACUUUUCUCUUAUAAAUGAUUGUAGCCAUUAUUUCUGCAGGAUUUUAAGUAUGGCAGGGAGAAACCAUAUGCCUCAGCAUCCUGAUAGUUUCCAAGGUUUUCGCAAUGGCCCUCAGCCUGUUUUGAACCAGGCACCAGGUCCUAUGCAUUUUCACCCUGCAGCUCGGGAAGAAGUUGAAAUGCAGCACAGAGAAAUCCAGAGGAUUAUUGCUGAGAAUCGACUUAUCAUAGAUGAUAAUACUCAUUUUCAAAGGGAAUUGGCUGCUGCAAAAGACGAGAUUCGCAGAUUAAGCCAGGUCACAUACAAGCUCCAGGCUGGAAAAGAGGCUCAGACCAGGGAAUUGAUUGAUAGAGGACUGAAGCUUGAAGCAGAGCUUCAUGCUUCUGAGCUGCUCAGGGAAGAGGUUAUGCAUUUAAGAACUGAAAUUAAAAAAUUGAAUGCUUUAAGGAUGGAAUUGACUACCCAACUCCAGGGUCUGACAAAGGAGGUUAAUCAUUUGCAAGCUGAGAAUCAGCAGCUAAUUGCCUUAAGGGCUGAAGUUGAAGGAAUGCAUAAGGCGCUUGUUGAUGCAAGGAGAGCUUUUGAAUAUCAGAAGAAUCUUAAUGAGCAACAAGCCGAACAGAAGAAAGCAAUGGAGCGAAAUCUUAUCUCCAUGGCUUGUGAAAUUGAGAAGCUUCGUGCAGAGCAGAUGAAUGCAGACAGGAGAGCACAAGGAAUUGGUGGUUACAGAACGGUUAAUGGAAGCCCUGAAAUGAAAUAUCCUGAUGGUGCAUUUGCUCAAGGCUACCAUGGUGGCUGGGGGCCCUACAGUAACCAUGAUCCUCCAUGGCGUUGAUUUCAUGAAGACG